AUGGGAGAAUUUGAGAGCUGGUUGCUGACGUAUUUAGACUCGGUGGGCCUGGGCGAUGAGGAGUUUGUGGACUACAUUCGAACUAUCCUAGAUGAAGACACUCUCUCGGCUGACGAGAAAGAGGAGAGUAUCAGCAGUUUCCUAGAGGCCGCUGCG